AUGGUCAACUGGAGACAACUCCUCUCGACCACCAGAAGAAUCAGCACCAUCACCCCAGCAGCAGCACCCUCAUACUCGGCCAGCCAGAAGACCUCGGACCGGAUGAUAUCCAUCAAGGACCUCAACCCCGCCAUCAUCACGGCCCAGUAUGCCGUCAGAGGACGAAUUCCAAUCAAGGCUGAACAACUCCGAGCCACCUUACAGUCCAACCCCAAUGCGAAAAAUGAGCUCGGCUUCGACUCGAUCAUCAACUGCAACAUCGGCAACCCGCAACAACUGGGCCAGAAACCGAUCACCUUCUACAGACAGGUCGCCUGUUUGACCGAGUAUCCAGAGUUGAUCGACAAGCCGGAAGCGCAGAGCUUGUUCCCGAAAGACGUCAUCGAGCGAGCUCGAACACUCCUGGAUUCGAUCGGGAGCGUCGGAGCCUACAGCCACUCGAUGGGCGUCCCCGUGAUCCGACAACACAUCGCCGAAUUCAUUGAGAAGCGGGACGGCGUCGCGGCGGAUCCAGAGACGAUCUUCUUGACGGCCGGCGCGUCUGCGGGGGUCUCGAACAUCAUGCAACUGCUCCUCUCCGCACCCACCGACGGGGUGAUGAUUCCGAUCCCCCAAUACCCACUCUACACGGCCGCCCUGGCUUUGAACGAGGCACGGGCGGUGGAGUACUACCUCUCGGAGGCCGACGACUGGGCGCCGAACCUCGAGGGCCUGGAGGAUGUGCUGUCGAAGGCCCAGAGCGAGGGCACCCGUGUCCGGGCCAUGGUGGUGAUCUCGCCAGGGAACCCAGUGGGCAACUGUCUGAGCCGACAGAACAUGGAAGCGAUUGUCCGGUUCUGUUACAAGCACAAGAUCUUGCUGCUAGCGGACGAGGUGUACCAGACGAACAUCUUCGAACCGGACACGCGUCCGUUCAUCUCCUUCAAGGCGGUUGUCCGGUCCAUGGAGCGACACAUCGCUGCGGGCCAGGCGCUCGUCAGUUUCCACUCAAUCUCGAAGGGACAGACCGGCGAAUGCGGCCGCCGGGGGGGCUACUUCGAGCUUGUCAACAUCCCCAAAGACGUCCAGGAACAGGUCUACAAGCUCGCCUCUAUCCAGCUCUGUCCCCCCUUAGCUGGCCAGAUCGGCGUCGACCUCCAGGUCAAACCCCCUCAACCCGGCGACGAGUCCUACGAACUCUACAAGUCCGAGGUCGACGCCAUCACUCAGUCGCUUGCCGCCCGCUCUGCCACUCUCGCUAACUCCUUCAACCAGCUCGACGGCCUGUCCUGCAGGAAAGCCCAAGGCGCCAUGUACCUCUUCCCCAAACUCGACCUCCCCCCUAAGGCCCAUCAAGCCGCCGAGAAAGCAGGCCUGCCGGUCGACGAAUUCUAUUGCAUGGAAUUGCUCAACAAAACCGGGAUUUGUAUUGUCCCCGGAUCCGGGUUUGGUCAGGAGCCGGGAACGUUCCACUUCCGGACCACUUUCUUGGCGCCUCAAGUUGACCAUUACGUUGCCAGAUUCAAAGAGUUCCAUACUUCCUUCUUGCAAACUUACUCAUAA